AUGGCCGCUGGUGUUGCCUUCAAAUACAGUUGCAGUAGGUACAUAUCAUCACCAGAAUGGGCAAGUCUUCCUCUGCUGCCCGUGUUUUUGAUUCUAGAUAAUUUGUUUGAGCCCAUUGACCAUGUUUCUUUUGCUGCCGUCUGCAAGCAAUGGCGUUCUCUUGCAAAAGACUAUAAUCAAGCAACACAGCGGUGGCGGCAUAACAACCUACUUCCCAUGCUCUUGAUCCCUAAUGAAUAUGAACGCCAAGGCAGCGGCAGCAAGAAUAGCCGCCACAUAACGAAAACGAACCACCGAAAAGCAUUAUACAGCAUUGCUGAAGGCAAAAUCUACAACAAUAUUGGAUUGGAAGUGCCUUUUAAAAAGAGGUCUUGUGGCUCUAGCCACUGUUGGUUUGCCACAAUAGAAUCCGUCACAGACCAAGGUCCGAUUAUAGCACUCCGGGACCCUUUCAGAAAUCCGGCAUCGCCUAUUCUUCUCCCUCUCUUGGAUGUCCGAGACAGAAACCACGGCACAUGUUUCUUCGAAUUUUAUAUCAGAAAGGUUAUACUCUCUGCUGACCCUGUUUUGAAUCCAGAUAACUAUGCGGUUGUAGCAAUUUUCCGUAAAUCUAAUCUUUUUGCUUUCAUCCAUAUGAAAAGAGGUCAGUGCCAAAAAGAUUGGACUUUGAUUAGGACCCCAUGUCCGGUCACUGAUGUUAUAUCUUACAAAAACCAAGUCUACCUAGUUGAAUAUCAGGGAGAUAUUAUGUCAUUAGAUGUUGAUAACCAAGCUUGUUCACGAAUACGAAUAAAGCCGCUUACACCUCUGUUCGAAAACUUCCGAACUCAUGGAUCUACAAGAUAUCUUGUAGAAUCAACCAAGGGAGACUUAAUGCAUAUCGUAAGAGUUUGUAAACAAACGCAAGGGGCCUACAUGAAUGUUAUGACUGAAAGCUUUAGGGUUUAUAAGGCGGUGUUCGACGACAAAGACGGAUCUAUUUUACAACAAGUUGAGGUGAAAAGCAUUGGAGAUGAUGCCUUUUUCAUAGGUGAUAAUCAUUCCGUCUCUGUUUUGGCUUCCAACUUUCAUGGAUGCCAGUCAAAUUCCAUAUAUUACACCCAUGAUUUCUCAUCGUCGUAUUAUACACACCGAUACGAUUUCCGAGACAUGGGUAUCUUUAAUUUAGAGAGCGGAACCAUCACACAACAUUUCUCCUUAGGUCCUUAUUCUGAUUUGCAGGGGUAUAUACAGCCUGUAGUCUGGGUUGUACCCCAGUUUAAUGGACUCUGCUAG